AAAACAAUAAAGUCCAACAACAACCAGCAGCAGCAGCAGCAGCAGCAUCAACAUGAAGGGCUUGACGGCGUUUAAGGAGAAGGCGACAGGCGUUUUCGGCGGCCUCAAGCCGAAUAUGGAGAAAUUUGAAAUAUCGCAGAGUUACCAUGGCGGACACGGUGGCUACGAGGAGAUGGAGGGCGGCGAUCGGGAGGGACGCGGCCCCGGCGGUGGACAUGCCUACGACGACGACGACGACCGACCCGACUCCCCAGCCUCCUUCGAGGAGAUCGAACGCCCGCCGCUCCGCAAGAUCGACAAGUACUGCAAGGCGGAGUGUCCUUGCAUGCCGGCCCGUUACACCAUCGCCACAAUGGCCUGCGUGGGAUUCAUGAUAGCGUUUGGCAUGCGUUGCAACAUGUCAGCGGCCAAGCUCAAAGGCGAGCACAAUGGGACUGUCUUUAUGAACUGGACUGUGGCUGUGGAAAGCCAUGUGGACUCAUCCUUCUUCUGGGGCUAUCUGAUUACACAAAUACCCGGCGGUUUUAUUGCAUCCAAGUUUCCGGCGAACAAAAUCUUUGGGCUCUCGAUUGUGAGCUCCGCCUCGCUGCAUCUCUUUGUGCCGUUUGCCAUGACGCUGAUGCACGGCCAUGUGGUGAUUUGUGUGCGCGUGCUGCAAGGACUUUUCGAGGGCGUUACAUAUCCGGCUUGCCAUGGCAUUUGGCGCUUCUGGGCGCCACCCAUGGAGCGUUCCCGCUUAGCGACGUUGGCCUUUUCCGGCUCCUAUGCGGGCGUUGUUGUGGGUCUGCCCUUGUCCGGACUGCUGGCCGAUGCCGUGGGAUAUCAGGCGCCAUUUUAUGCGUAUGGCGCCUUUGGCAUCAUCUGGUAUAUGUUCUGGAUCUGGCUGUGUUUCGAGAAUCCACGCAAGCAUCCUGCAAUUAGCAUACCGGAGUUAAAGUACAUUGAGAAAUCGCUGGGGGAGUCAGCGCAUCCGACGAUGCCAUCGUUCAAGACUACUCCGUGGAGCCAGAUGCUGCGCUCGAUGCCCGUCUAUGCGAUCAUCGUGGCAAACUUCUGUCGCUCCUGGAACUUCUAUCUGCUGGUGCUCUUUCAGUCCUCAUUCCUCAAGCACAAGUUCGGCUUCAAGGUGGAGGAGGCGGGUUUUGUGGGCUCGUUGCCCCAUUUGAUUAUGACCACGAUUGUCCCCUUUGGCGGCAUGCUGGCGGAUCAUCUCCGGAAGAAUGGCAUCUUGUCCACAACAAAUGUGCGCAAACUGUUCAACUGCGGCGGCUUCGGCAUGGAGGGAUUGUUCUUUCUGUUCGUGGCGCACUCCUCAACGGCGACUGGUGCCAUGUUUGCCCUGACUUGUGGUGUGGCCUUCAGCGGCUUUGCCAUCUCUGGCUAUAAUGUGAAUCAUUUGGAUAUCGCGCCACGUUAUGCGAGUAUAUUGAUGGGUCUGUCCAAUGGUAUUGGCACCCUUGCUGGCAUCAUUGUGCCCUAUGCACUGGAUGGGCUCAUCCAGGCGAAUCCCACCGGCUGCUGGACUACGGUAUUCACGUUGGCCGCCUGUGUUCAUCUGAUUGGCUGCACUUUCUAUGGCAUUUUUGCCUCCGGCGAGCUGCAACCCUGGGCCGAACCGCCACCCGAGGAGCAGCAGGUGUGGGCACCGCCACCAGGCGCCAUAACCAACGAUGAUCCCAGCCAGGCGGGCAUAAUGGGCACAUACAUGAAGGAGACCGCAUUCGGCGCACCGGAGUACACUGAACAGAGUCAAAUGCAACAGCCGAAUGCCAUUAGCUACGGCGCCACUGGUCACGUGGCAAACAAUCCAUUUGCACUGGCAUCGAGUGCACCCAUUGCCGAGGAGCCUGCUCAACUCUCGUAUGGUGACAAUGCGAAUGCGGCAAGUGCCGGGUAUGGCUACGACUACACGCAAGGACAAUUGCCACCGCAGGCGGGGGCAACAAUAACGACAACAACAACAGCAAAUCCCUACGAACAGCAGACCUAUCAACAGCAGUAAAGCUAAACGCCUCAAUCACUGAUUAACUGAUAUAAACGUAGCUUUUAGUUGUAGUCACAAAAAAACAAAAAUCGAAAUUGUUUUGCUGUUUAUUGUUUGUUCCUGAUGGGGUUGAUUUGUAUAUAAGGAUACACACAAUAUGAGAGACAUAUAUAUAUUCCGUUGCCGAGUCUAACGAAUUUCUAAUAUAACAGCAACAACAUCACUCACAACAUCAGAUGAAGACACCAACACCAACACUAACACAAUGAAACUAUGUACCUAACAGAGCAACUACAUAUAUAUACACAAUGCAUUAUGAAAAUAUCGUUAAACUUGGCGUUAAACCAACCAACCAAAAAACCAACAAACAAACGAACAACACAAAUCACAUAACAAUUCUAUAGCCUAAUUUUAAGCGAUGCUUUCGCGAAUCUUCUAUUUACAAGCUCCAGAAAUGCAUACAAAAAUUUAGCGAAAUUACAUAUUAUAAUAAUGAUAAUAUUUGACAUUUGUGUAUAUCAUAAACAGACAUAAUCCAGGCACGCAGCACGUCUCAAACCGUUAUGAAAUUAUAUUAUGAUUAUUAUUAUUAUUAUGAAUAAUAA